AAUAGACAAACAGAGGACUAAUUCUGAGACUGGAGUGGUGAUGCAAGCUGGAGUAAAAUCAAAGAAAAUGUGAUCCCGAUAACAACUAAAUAAGAACAAGAAAAUGCAAAACAAACUCGAUGUAGCCCCACCAGGGGAUUCUACCACUAUUGGACCAAACAUAGCAUAUCUUCACACCAUUCCAGCAAUUUUAAAAGCGGUAGAAUUUAUGCUUUGCUUGUUUGCUUUUGCAUUGGCUGCAAGUUUCAAAAAUGCUUUAAGUCAUUGGAGUUCCUAUGGGCUGGGUCGUGUUGACUUUUUCAUUUUUGUUAUGGUUGUUGCAUGGUUAGGUGUGAUUGCGUUGUUUCUCGUCUACUUCCUGAACAUCAUCAACAAAUUGAAACAAAUCACACCUCUGGUAUUCAUUGUACUGGCUCUCUUGCAUCUAUUCGGAGCGUUGUUUAUUUUGAUCAGUACGGGGCUCGUCCUUGAUGACUGCAUCACAACACGAACAGCACAUACGUACAGAUACUCGUAUUGUGAUUACAUCAGCGCUGUUACGAAAACAUCAUGCCCUGUGUACGAAGCAAGUGGCGUUUGUGGAUUUUUCGCCUUCAUUGCUGUUGCAUUUGAUGCUGUUCUUCACGUGUUGAAAGCAGUGCAGGAGUAUCGUAUUGUACAAGCGAAUCGAGCAAGUAGCGCGCAGCCAAAUGAAGUUUUAUAAACACUGUGUGUAUUUGGUUGAAAAUGAGUGGAAAUUUAAAAGGAUUUUCUAUCAGCUGAUCUUUUUGUCGGCUUUAAUUUUUAUCAAUGUUGAUUUGUGAAUGGAUACGUUAUACAAUAUAAUAUAAAGAUAGAUUUAGUAUAAUUUUGAAUAUAAUUUCAUAGCGAAGACUGGUGAAAAGGUGUGGCAUUUUUUUUUUUUUUUGUUACUUAAAACAGUUCUAGCGAUGCUGCUUCCUUCCCUUGAUGCUAAGAGAAAAUUUUUGUACGCUGUAUGCUCUUUCGCCAAGAGAAAGAUUUUUACUUUUUAUUCAUAUGGAUAAUAUUUUUUUAACUAGUCUGGAUCCCGCGGCGAAAGGUUCACAUGAAAUUAAAUCGUUACAGUUUAGUUUGUUAGCAAACCGCAAGCUAACCCUGAAAGCUUUCUUUCGUUCGAUGAAGUUCGUAUAAACAGCCUGUCUCAUCAAUUUUCGAUACAAAAGUAUACCUAGUAGCGGUAAUUUUGUGAGUAAAUUCCACUGUCCUUUAACUUCAUAUCUUCAGCUGUCGUUUUCGUUAAAAACGCUGACCCUCUUGACAGGGUGUAGGCUUUAGACGAAUCUUUGUAAAUAUUAUCAAACUAUUUUUUUAUAGUUUUGAUAAUUCUACACGUUAAUUUUUUGUCCUUAUAGCUUUGAUUUUUAACCCUCUAUUGUUCUAAGAAACCUGACAGAAAGUUGGAAGAUGUAGAAUAUCAUAUGUUUGUUUGUUUGCUUUAUUUUGGCAUGGUUUUAUUGGUAGUUGAACUCAGCUGUUUUUGGAAAGCGUAUUUGUCACUUUAUCUGGACAUGUCCUCAAUGUGACACGGCUCAAGUUAUUUUUUGACAAGAUAUAGAAAUACUAUCCUUUUUUUCUAAAGGUAUUUUGUUGUUUGUUUGUUUGUUUUUCGUUUGUUUGUUUGUUUUAUUGUGUAUCCAGCCUUUCUACCUGAGCCUUCAAGUUAUGUUAAAAUAUAUGAACGAGUUUUUUUAAAGAUAAAAUAUUUUAUAAUAUAUAUUUUCUUUCUAGAGUAGUUUAUUAUUUUUUUUUUUUAGUUUGAUCAGUUGUAUUAGCUGGAUUAGAAUAAGUAAAUAAUUCCAUCUCUUA